AUGCAGUUCACCACCGCCCUCAUCGUCUCCUUCCUGGCCGCCACUGGCAUGGCCGCCCCCUCGGCCUCGCACCACAAGCGCGCCAACUUCCCCAUCCCGGCCUCGCGCGGCUCUCAGACCUUCUCCGCCGCCAAGACCGUUUCCGGCACCUUCGACGGCGGCUACAAGACCUACGGCCGUGGUGUUUCCUGCACCGGCCAGAAGGAGGGUGGCAACAAGGACGCCGUCUUCCUUCUCGAGGAUGGCGCCACCCUGAAGAACGUCAUCAUCGGCGCCGACCAGAUCGAGGGUGUCCACUGCCUGGGCAAGUGCACCAUCGAGAACGUCUGGUGGUCCGCCGUCUGCGAGGAUGCCCUCACCUUCAAGGGCAACGGUGACGCCACCGUCAUUGGCGGCGGUGCCACCGGUGCCGACGACAAGGUCCUCCAGCACAACGGUGCCGGCAACAUCUCCAUCAGCGGCUUCACCGUCGUCGACUUCGGCAAGCUGUACCGCUCUUGCGGCAACUGCAAGCAGAACGGCUCCCGCCGCAACGUCAGCCUCAAGAACGUCAAGGCCUACAGCGGCAAGUCCCUCGUCGGCAUCAACUCCAACUACGGCGAUGUCGCCACCUUCUCCAACACCUGCGCCACCUCGGUCAAGGAAAUCUGCGUCGAGUACAAGGGUACCAACAACAACAGCGAAGAGCCCAGCAAGAUCUCCUCGGGCCCCUCCAAGAACUGCGUCUACACCAAGCUCUCCGCUUGCUAA